CCCAAGUUUCCACUGUCAAUUAGCGAAGCAAUAUGAAGGUGCUGGUACUGGCCUUCGUGGUCUUGACAGGCAAUGGCGGUGUGAGUAGUGCUGCCAAAGGUCCGCAUUACGACGCUAGUAGCGGCAUUCCUGCGUGGGUCGACAUCGAUACACCCAAGAAGUUCUACAAGGCGACGUCGUCGCGCGGCGAGUCAUGGGACCUCGUCAUGAGUGACGAAUUCAACCGACCCGGGCGCAACUUUACGGCGGGCGUGGAUCCCAUGUGGACCGCGAUCGAAAUGGCGGACGGCGUGAACGCCGCGCUCGAGUACUACUCGGUCAACAUGACCGAGACUGUCACGGAAGCUGACGGCCGCGGCGUGUUUCGCAUCAUCACCAAGUUGGACGACAUUUCAUUCCGCGUGUACAACCAAUACAAGAACCCCCCAGGGUUCCAGCAAAGUCGCAUGUACUACCGAAGUGGCAUGUUACAAUCGUGGAACAAAUUUUGCAUGCAGGGCGGGCUCAUCGAAGUGAGCUGCCAGCAGCCCGGGGUCACGGGGGCCAAUAACCCUGAUGCAAACAACCCACAAGCUCGUGUCACUGGAGGCAUCUACUACCCGACAUGGCCUGGCGUGUGGCUGCUAGGCAACCUCGGCCGCGCUUUGUUCAUGGCGUCGACCAGCCGCAUGUGGCCGUGGUCGUACAACGUGUGCGACGCCAAUCUGGAAAAAGAUCAGCGCAUUUCCGCGUGCGACGGCAACCCCGGGUUUGGCUUGAACCCGCACCAAGGUCGUGGGGCCCCUGAGAUCGACAUCUUGGAAGGCGGCGGUGCCGCCAUCUCUUCGUCCGUCCAAAUCGCGCCCGGCAUGCCAGACGAGUACCGCCCCGUGUUUCCGAUCAACGGCGAAAGCCCGUACUGUAUCUACAGCAACGAGUGCAAAACCAUCGGCGCCAAUACCCCCGAUGUGCCGUCCAGUAUCACGGCGACGCGUGGCCACCGCUCAUGGUACCAAGGUCUUCGGUACGCCGCGCAUGUGUGCGCCGCCAAAGCCGACCAAAUUCAAGUCGCAUCACAGAUCAACGCAAGCUUGGAACUUGGCAUUGUCGACAACUCAUGCAAGUUAUCGACGUGUCCGGCAUCGUUCGACGUGAACGGGGAUCGGGGGCCUGUGGACGGCAAGGCUGGCUCGGGAUUGUACUGGGGCGUCAACAAGGACGGGCAGUGUUUUCCAGUGAUGAACGGGUACAACGGCGCGUACUUGUGCGAUCCGUACACGACCAACAGCAAGUGUACGGCGCCCCUACACUCGGACGGGAACGGGAACGGAAACAAGAUCGCGCCGUUCGCGUACCAAAUGGACGCGAUUUCUGCCAACUGGCCCGUCGAGUUUGCCGCGUACUCGGGGUACCUCAAGUACCAACUUGAGUGGGUGCUGGGCCGCCGAGGAUACGUACGGUGGAUGAUCGACGGCGUGCCGCUGUUUGAAAUCCCCGCGGAAGCCCUCGAAUCGCCGCCCCAGAACGCGGCCAAAUCAAACCCGAAGAAGCUCAUGAUCGAAGAACCUUUGUACCUGAUCUUCAACACGGCGCUGUCCACGAGCUGGGGCACGGUGCCCCCGAACGCCGGCAAGCCGUGCCGGGGCGACGGCCUCGACCCAAAAGUGAACCGGAUCUGCGACGCAUACCCGCUCUACCUCAAACUCGACUACAUACGCGUAUGGCAAAACACAUCGACCAUGUCAGUUGGAUGCGAUCCUGCAUCCCACCCCACACGAUUGUGGAUCGACGGCCACAAGUCCGAGUAUGAAGACAUAGACAACCCCAAUAUUGACGUGGACGGCAACGCAUUUUGCAAUGACAACGCCGACUGUACCUUGGGCGGGUCCAUCGUUACGGGCUCGUGUAGUGCAUCGAACCGGUGUGUGUGUUCAGCCCCAGCGGUGUGGGGAGGACCGCGAUGCACGUCGAACCGAGGGAGCGUGAGCGGGUCGUCUUCGGAUGGGCCGAUGGGACCGCCGCUGGUGGCCGUGCUCAUCAUUUCCGUGUUGGCGACGGCGGCCGCGGCCGCGAUCGUGUACAUUCGAGGACGCGGCAAACGGCUUCAAUUGCGCUUCCGAGGAAACUUGUAUGCGGACGCGAAUGCGGCGGCGAUGACGAUGCCCCAAGAACUGAAUUUGAGAGGCACGGUCAUGAGUCGACAAGGAAGCAUGGAAGAGAUGGCCGCGUCCAAGAGUGCCGCCUCGCGCACCGACACGAUUCGAUCGCGUCGGGUUGUGUAGACGACGAUUGUUAUACAGCAUCGUUUGUAGCCAGAGCAGACUUUUCAUCGAGUUAGAACAACCAAGCAAGCACAUUAUUGGACAUAUAGGAUUUGACGUUGGUUUUGCAC